GCACGCGGGGGGCCGGGUCCCAGUGCAGCGCCAGCCAACCCCCGGACGCACAGGCGGGUUGGCGCGCGGUGAGGACCGCGGCCGGCCGGGUAGCCGCGCUCUGCGUCCCGCUGGUCCUCUCCCGGGCUGCGCACUCUCCCGGCUGGCGUCAGGAUCCUCCGCGAGCCUCCCGCUCUCUCCUCCCGGCGUCCGAACAUGCGGCUACCUAAGCCCGGCGCCCAGCUGCCCGCGCUCCUCCUGCUGGCGCUGGCUUUGUCCCCGCAAGGAGCUCACGGGAGGCCUCGGGGGCGCAGGGAAACCCGCGUCGCGGAUGAGGAGCCCAAACCGUUGCUUUCCUUCUCCGCAGCCGGAGGCGGCCGCACUCCCAGCAGCUUCCACAGAGCAGAAAUAUUCCCAAGAGAUUCUAACUUAAAAGACAAAUUCAUAAAGCAUUUCACAGGCUCAGUCACAUUUUCACCAGAAUGCAGCAAACAUUUCCACCGACUCUAUUACAACACAAGGGAGUGCUCAACGCCAGCUUAUUACAAAAGGUGUGCUAGAUUGUUAACAAGAUUAGCAGUGAGUCCACUGUGCUCCCAGACCUAGCACACCUACCCUGCAUCUCCUAACAAGGUACAUCUAAUUUGAAGAAGUGCCUCAAAUCAUGAAAAAUGUAAAAAAAAGAUGAAAUUUCUAGUUUUAUGGAUAUUAAGAUAAGUAAAAUAAGAGAAUUCCCAGAAAUAACUGGUUGGCUGUGUCCUGUCAUAGGAUGUAGUCUUUCUUGCUUUAUCUUUUUGUAUAUACAGUAAUUUAUAAUUUUGUAAAACAGUUUGAAUCUCAUAUUGAAAAUUAGAUAUUAAAAAUUGUGUGAUUUUAUUUUAUUUUUACUAGGUAUAUUAUUUUCUCUAUAUGGUUAACAUUCUAAUUAAACGUUUAAUUGUGUAAAUUAUCUCGUGAGAGUGCCAGUGAGAAAUGAUUUUUUUUGUAUAUGACUGUUAGUAAUGUUUGUCAGAUCAUCAUGUACCAAGUUAAAUUUUAUAAUUCUUAUUUAAUAUUUAAAUACAUGUAUUUAGAA